GCUAUUCAAUAGUUCAUUUUCACGGCAGGGGAAAUACACCACCAAACCAUGGCAAACCCGUCCCCGCCCACACGGCAUGCCCUGUCAUGGCUGACCGAUGCCAACUACUUCAGCAUGCCUACUUGGUACCCGAUCUACUUCCUCGCGAGCCAGUUCCGCCGCCUGCCCUACCCGCAGGCUGAGUAUCGUGGGAAAACAGUAAUCGUAACCGGCGCUAAUGUGGGUCUCGGCCGGGAAGCCGCGCGUCACUUCUGCCGCUUGGGUGCGGCCAAGGUCAUCUUGGGCUGCCGUGAUCUCGAUAAGGGCAGGGCGGCAGGGGCUGAAAUCGAGAAGUCCACGUCGAGGAGCGGCGUCGUCGACGUGUGGCAGCUCGACCUCGGCAGCUUCGAGAGCGUCAAGGCGUUCUGCCGCCGCGCGGAGGCCGACCUUGACCGGCUCGAUGUCGUGGUCGAGAACGCUGGCGUCGCGAUCGGGACGUAUGUAGAAUGUGACGGGGGCUUCGAGAGCACCAUAGCCGUCAAUGUCGUGUCGUCUUUUUUCAUGACUUUGCUGCUGCUGCCUGUGCUUAGGAGGACUGCGGCAAGGCACAAUGUCGAGCCAAACAUCGUGGUGGUGUCCUCGGAUGCUCAACUAUUCGCAAAGUUCCCCGAGCGGCAUCAGCCGAACAUCUUUGACGCUUUCAAAGGAAAGGAGAACAUGACCGAGGAUAGGUACAACACUUCGAAGCUAUUGGAGAUCCUCCUCGUUAGGCAGCUCGCUUCCGAGAUGGCUCCUCAUGACCCCGUCAUCAUCAACGCACUGACGCCUGGACUUUGCCGCUCCAGCCUUUUCCGCCACUCCGGUGGCUUCCUCCGGGCUGUGCUCGAAAUCGGUGUGCGUAUCAUAGGACGAACCUCAGAAGUAGGCGCACGAUGUCUGAUGGCUGCAGCAGCCGGUGGUAGAGAGACACACGGCGGCUACAUGGACAACUGCAAACUCCGAGAUCCCGGCCCGUUCAUCACGGGCGAGGAGGGCAAGAAGAUUCAGAAAAGGGUGUACGAUGAAUUGUUGGAAGUGUUGGAGGGUGUUCAGCCGGGCAUCACAAAGAAUGUUCGCGCUUGA